AUGUCCCCGACAUAUUCAAGCUCUUCGACAUUAAGAAAUUCGCAGACCACCAUGCCUUCGAAAAAGUUUCUCACUUCUUUUCGUGUCCGCUUUUAUGCUCGCAUCAAAGGUUAUCUGCGACAACACUUACUCCAACAAAUCCUGGAGUAUUUCAGCGCAGGUCAUGCUCUAAUUAAACAGAUGGAGCGCGAGAUGUGUCAGUAUCUGGAGCAGGAACUGAAUGUGGACCCGGUAACGCUGAGGGAGUUCGAGGACAUGGUCAAGAAAGAUUUUACAACCCCUCCUCCUACAACAAAUCCCUUUCUGCCUCCUCCAGCUGCUUUUGCGCCCACGCCUUCAUACGGCCAUCGCUAUACAUUGCCACAAAAGGCCAACUUUCCUCUAUACUCUGCCGGACCCACCAUCAGCCACACAUUACCUCCUGCAGCCACUUUAACAGUAUGCGCCUGCCAUGUAUGGCCGUACGGCGAGUCUUAA